UGUUUGAUGGAAAAUAUUAAUAAGCUGCCUGCACAAUGGUGCAUUCUCAUAUCAUCUUUGAGCGUGAACUCGUGAUGCGAACCAGGAGUUGCUAAUGUGCUGUCGUUGAGGUUAAAGUGUGUGUGUGUUUGUUUUUAAAGCGACAGUUUAGCAAAAAGGAAAGAUUGUCACCUUAUUUAUCCUCAUGUUGUUACAGAUUCAUAUGACUGGGAAACGUGAAACACGAAAGACGUUCACGCUGCUCUUUUACAUUAAAAAAAAAAAAAAGUGAACGUGUGAAAUUAUUAGUUGUAAUAUAACUAGGGUUAUAUUAGAUCAACACAUUGAGAACAUCAGAUAUGGUAAACAAAAUAUUAGCUGUACUUCAUAUAAUCAAACAUGUAGAUGAGUUUGUUUCGUAAUGAGGAGAAUUCACUUUUGCAUGGUGUUUGAAGAUUAAUGUAUGUAUAAUGAUAUUGUUUUUAAACCCCAAUAACAAUAAUCACUUUCUCAGAUCAAGCUGUUCUGGGUUUCUUGGAAGAGUGACGUAGUUCUGCACAGGCUGAUUAUUGACCCAUAACUAUUAAUAUUUCCUAAUAAUGUGUUAGCAAGUUUCGCGAUGAAUGCAGAUAAAGUUAAAAGUCUUGGAGAAUGGCUGGUCACCCCAAGAAAGAGGGGGAAGAACAGAGCUCAUUAGCAUUUAAAGAGACACGCACUGAUACGGGAACAAAGUAGUUUUACCAACACAGGCUUAUUGGAAAUAUGUGCCUCUAUACGUUUCUGCAAAACUGAAGAAAAACACUAAUCACUGCAGUUUCCUGUUGAAAUGAAAACCUUUAUUCCUUUUCACACACAAGCUGGAAGGACACUAAACACAAGCGCACACGGAAUAUGGGGUAAAAAGUUGCUCAUCGUCAAAAAAUGCUGUUUUGGGGUUUUUUUAGCCUCCAAAUGAUUUUUAAAAUAUGCUUGCAUUCACUCAUAAUCAAAUGCCUAUUAUUUUAAAUAACUUACAUUUCUUUUGAAAGGCAAUUGAAAGGUAAAAUCUGCCACGAAGUAAAACAGCUGGCAGCGUUUGAUAUUAUUGUUGGUUUCGUUUUGUUUUAAAAUAUUAAAUGUUUCUCCACUGGCAAAUAUUUCUUCUGUUCUAAGUUCUGACCAUUCAGCUGACCUCAUACACAAAGUGAAGAUGGUUUUGGUGAAGUAGGCUGUUGAAGAGAGGCUCUUGCACACACUCUUUCACAGUGGUUUGUUUUGUUCUGACAGUGCAGGGGCAGGGUCCACUGUUUGCCGUCUUAUCUGUUAUCACACUUUCAUAUUGUAGCAAGGCAGAUAAACUAGAAAGCCAAGGUGAUCUCUAUUCACACAAGACAUAAACUCGCUUUAUUCUAGUUUUACCAGUUGUACCAUAGAUGCAUAGAUCCACGGUAUGUAACCCUGCUUGAUCUGACUGGCUUUUUAAACUUUAUAGACUGGUAGUCGAGAGUAGGCUACGUUUUUUUUUGUUGUUUUUUUUUAUGUAUACUUCUUAAUGGACAAGUACACGAACACACCUUCUGUGGACAUUUGGCUUUCUCGCCUGCUUUAUGGCGGUGGGGAAGGCUCUCUGGACAGGCUCCUCCCAUCCGUCAAUACCAGCCUGUCGCCUCGAAAACGAACCACCAGCCAAUGCAAAUCAGAGCCUCCGUUGCUGCGGACCAGUAAGAGAACCAUCUACACCGCUGGACGCCCGCCGUGGUACAAUGAACACGGGACCCAGUCCAAAGAAGCUUUCGUUAUCGGGCUUUGUGGAGGCAGCGCUUCAGGCAAAACAACCGUCGCUCGUAAAAUCAUCGAAGCCUUGGACGUUCCUUGGGUCGUUCUUCUGUCCAUGGAUUCCUUCUACAAGGUGCUGACGGCCGAACAGCAGCUGCUGGCUGCUAGCAACGAUUACAACUUUGACCAUCCAGACGCCUUCGACUUCAUCCUGCUGGUGCACACUCUCCGUAAACUCAAGCAGGGCAAGAGCGUGAAGAUCCCGGUGUAUGACUUCACCACACACGGCCGGCAGAAAGAGUGGAAAACGGUGUACGGAGCCAGUGUCAUUAUAUUUGAGGGCAUCAUGUCGUUUGCAGAUAAAGAGCUGCUGAAGCUGCUGGAUAUGAAGAUCUUUGUGGACACCGAUUCUGACAUCCGGCUGGUACGGAGGCUCAGGAGGGACAUCACGGAGCGCGGCCGGGACAUCGAGGGAGUCAUCAAACAGUACAACAAGUUCGUGAAGCCAGCUUUUGAACAGUACAUCGAGCCCACCAUGAGACUGGCGGAUAUCGUGGUGCCCCGGGGUGGCGGCAACAUGGUGGCUAUUGAUCUUAUAGUACAGCACGUUCACAGUCAACUGGAGGAGCGUGAACUCAGCGUCAGAGAAAGCUCCGCUGGGAUAUGUGAGGAGAUUUGCUUUCGUUUCUGUUUUUUUUUUUUUUGUUGUUGUUGUUGUUUUUUUUUAUGUUUUAUGCUGUUGUAUUAUAACCAUAAGUAGAACAGCAGGGAUCUCGGUGUGAUUUCCAAAGACUGCACGUUGUCACUCCUGCGUUUUAAUGAAGCAUCUGAUUCAAAUGUAAAGCAAUGGCAUGACAGUUCUGCUCAAGCUGGUCAUAGUUUGCGCUGAAGGCGGUGUUUUGUUUGUGACAGGAUGCAGUCUUUGACCUGAGUGCUUGUGAAGUUGAAUCACGGGAUACUCCCCAAAAAAAGCCUGACCUGCUCAUGAAUCUUUCUAGCAGAUGUGAUCAACCAAGCUGGAGCGAACAGGGGCUUCAGAAAGUGUUUGAAAACUUAAUGCACAACUAUUUAUGUUUGAGCUUGUUUUUAAUUUUGUCAUGUUUUUGAAAAGACUGUUAUGUUCGGCUAGACUGCUGUUUAUUUGAUCAAAAACACAGUAAAAACAGCAAUAUUGUGAAAUAGUGUGUGUGU